AUGGCUGCCGCGAUCGAAUCCCAGGCCCACUUCGACCGGGACCUCCGAAGCGCACACCAGGACUACAAGAGGACCAAGGACUCGCAGUCCAAAUGGUCAAACGGAGCCCGUCCCCUGGCCGGCUGCCGUCUUGACUGGACCACCAUGGAGGCCGUCGGUGGAACCGAACAGCAGCGAGCCAAGGCGCGUCCCAGGGGAAAGAAUAGUGAGACGUCUCAUUACAGGAAGAUGCAGCACAACGUAACAAAGUUUCGAUCGCACUGGGAGCUUCCACAAGGCCGCCUGCACGCGGCGGCACGAGCCAAGGAGCAGAUUAAGGACCCUCUCAGUCGAUCGGUCAUGGAGAUGGCCCCAUCUCAGGAGGGAUGGAAGAACCUUGCCGCCUCCGAGGAUUGGAAGUACAGCUUUGAUAAGAUUGAAAGUCCCAACCGGCCGUUGACCCUUGAUGUCUUUAUCAAAACAACGGGGCGUGAAACGGAGCGCAUGGUGGAGAAGGAGUAUGAGAUCCUUAACGAGAAUGGCCAGAUCCUCAAGGGCCGUAAAGCGCGUCAGAACCUACGUCAAGAUGGCACUCGCGCUGCCGAAGCUGAUGGCUUCCAGCUGGUCUGA